AUGACCGAGACACUGCAGGGUUCGGCACCGGCCGCAACUCUAGAGGACCAGACUCUUUUGGUCUUUGCUCGUCUGAUGGAAGGCGGGCAAGAAGAUGAGGCGACGUGCAGAGAAUUGGACCAGCUGACGAAGCUGUUAAACGACGACGCUGAAUGCCAACAGAAGGACAAGGAAUACAAAACCAUAUGCAAUGUCGUCGACGGCGAUUGCGUCGACACAGUCUUAUGUUAUCUCGACAUGCGCCAGCCUGACAUUGUUCGGGGUCAUGCCACUCUCACAACCUCCGCAUAUCUCAAGGCAGCUGGAGACGAUGGUUCUAAGAAACUGUCCGAAUUCUUCUUCGAGCGCGUUAAGAGAGGCACUUACGACGACUACAUUGUAGCCUUUUGUGUGGCCUCGGCCACAUUUCCCAUCGUUCCCGACCUGACCGCACAGUUGUUCUUGAGCGAAGGCUUCUUAAGCACCCUCGGCCCUCUUAUGAGGAGGGAAUGGAAGAGCCGCAAAGUUGAGACGGCGUGCCUGGAGAUGCUCAACGCAGCCUGCAUGAACGCAGUGUGCCGUGAAGCCGUUCAAAAGUAUUGCGUUGAGUGGCUGGAGGAAGUGGUUGACCAGGACCCUACAGGCUCGACGGAUGGUCCGAAUGGAGACCCCAAGGUGCAAGGUGAAGGGGGCUCUAUUUCCAUGAGACGACAUUCAGAGCAAGUUCAGCACUUGGCGGCUGUUAUUUUGGCCAAGCUGAGAGCAGUUCCUUCUAAGCCAUCAGUCAGCGAUCCCAACAAACCAAGGAUCGAGCCAGCGGUAACCAGCAUCGAGGAUUUGUCGGGUAUUUUCACAAAAAUGAUACUCCGAGACGGAGAUCAUGGCAAACAUUCCAUCGAGGGUCUUGCCUAUGCCUCUUUGCAGCCCAAGGUAAAAGAGAGCAUCAUCAGCAACGAGGCUCUGCUCAAGAAACUCGUCCAGACUCUCACAGAGGCGCAACCAAGAUCGCCAACCACAUACGGAGCCCUCAGCAUAUUCGUCAAUUUGACGCGAUACAGACCAGCAUUAUCAGAAGAAGAAAAGAAAAUGAGUCAAUUAAAGGCCUACGCCGAUGCUGCGGGCAAGCUCGCCGGACCAGAACCCCUAGACGAUGACGACCACGUCGCGAACCGUUGUCAGGCCGUUUUCAAAGUUGGCCUUAUUCCCGUCCUCGUCACACACAGCAAAAACGGAUCCCCCGCAUCAUUAAGUCUCAUCAUUUCCAUUAUAAACUCCAUCGCAGUUACAAAAUCGUUACGAGGACCGCUCGCGCAACAGGGAGCGGUCAAACUUCUUCUCGUCGGAUGGGCUACUAUCCCUGACACGGACGAGGUGCACCGGCGGACGGCAGCACAAGCACUCGCCCGAAUUCUAAUCAGCACCAACCCUGCGUUGGUAUUUGGCGGGAACCGCUCGAAUCCAAUCAACGCUGCUAUCCGGCCGUUGGUUUCUAUUCUUCCCCCCGACCCCGCCGCCGAGACAAGAGAUCUUCUACCUACGUUUGAGGCGCUCAUGGCGUUGACGAAUCUCGCUUCUUUGGAGGAUGGCGAUACGCGAAGCACGAUUAUUCGUAUGGCGUGGCCGCAUAUCGAAGAGCAGCUGUUAUCGUCGAAUAACCUCGUUUCUAAAGCCGCUGUGGAACUUGUCUGUAAUUUAAUGCAGGCUCCUGAGGGGAUUGCCCUGUAUGCAGAUGGCAGCCCGCAAUCACGGAAUCGUCUACACAUCCUGUUGGCACUGGCUGAUGCUGAGGAUAAAGGAACGCGGAGUGCUGCCGGUGGAGCACUGGCUUCUCUUACAGGGUUCGAGGCUGUUGUGCGGUAUGUGGUUCAACGUGACAAGGGCGUCAAGGUUAUACUGGGGAUGUGCAAUGAUCCCGAUGAAGGGCUGAGGCAUCGUGGCGUCGUGACCGUGUGUAAUUUGAUCCUGGCGGAUGGAGAGGCAGGGCAGCUGGCGAGGGAUAAGGUGAAGAGUGAGAAUGGCGUCGAGGUGUUGAAGGAGUGUUUGAAGCAGAGCCGGCGGCCGGAGGUGUUGCAGAUUGCGGUGGAGGCGCUGAAGGUCUUGUUGGAUCAGAAGUGA